AUGUGGCAGGGCCACAGAGGUAUGGUUAUCUGUCCAGAACAGAGAACACGGCGAUCAAAUCGACUGGUGUCAUUAGAUUUCCGCAUCACGAACUGCCCAGCUCUGCCCUCCGCCACUCCUUUUCCACCCACGCCUGCGACAAUUGCCCUUUAUCUGGCAGCCCAAUACGCAAAAACCGGACGUCACGACACCACAUCCACCGCCGCCAGCAUGUUCAGCGUUGACUGGAAGGGGCUCGCGCUGCCCUUUGCGUACCUGAUGGUUCUGAGCGGCGCGCUCAUGACCUUUUCCACCAUCUACCGCAAGCGCAAGGCUGCCGAGAGCCAAAACCUCGCCCCUUGGUUCGGCCCCAACCUCCAGCGCAACGUCUACCUGUCGCUCCUCCACAUGGAGCCCGAGGAGGGCAAGGAGGGCCCCGCGGUGCCCGACAGCGUGCUCAAGGCCGCGCUGCUGCGCCGCGCCGUCGAGGACAUCCAGCGCCUGAUCCAGAUCAAGACGGCCAAGCAGGCGUGCAGCUCGCUGCUGCAGCGCGGCAGCGUGGGCGACGACCUGUGGCAGCGAUUCCAGCGCGCCGAGCGCGAGAUGGAGGAGGAGCUCCGUGAUGUCGUCACCGAGGCCAACGCCCUCGCGCCCAACUGGGGACCGACCAUUUUCCAGUCCGCCCACGAAAUCGCCAGCAACACCAAGCUCCGCGAGAGCCUCGCCGAGGUCGAGGCCCAGACCGAGUCCGAGAAGCAGUGGUGGGAGAAGCGCCGCGGCCAGAUCCAGACCGCCUUCAUCCAGGAGCUCGACCACGAGGCCACGGCCGCCGCCGCCGACAAGACGACCAAGGGUAGCAGCGCCGUCAGCGAGGACGACGCCGUGCUGGUGGACACGCCGAGCAAGGGCAAGAACUAG